CCACCACAGAUCCCACAGAUCCACAACCCGCACAAUCACCAAACUUUGAUAUUCCAAUUGCGCAGCCUCACACUGACAACCCGACGAACGAACGACCGACCUCCGACGCCUCACGUAACCGACCCCCACCGGAAACCCUUCAACCGAAACAAUGGCCACCAACAAGAUCGCCCACAACUCCCCCUCGCACGCCAACCCCUCAGAGUUGGAGACCCAGAUUGCUCAGGCUCUCUUCGACCUUGAGUCCUCCGUGUCGGACCUGAAGGCGUCUCUGCGCCCUCUCCAGUUCUCCUCGGCCAAGGAGAUCGAGGUUUCUCAGGGACGCAAGGCGGUGGUCAUCUUCGUUCCAGUCCCCCUCCUCCAGGGUUUCCACAAGGUCCAGCAGCGCCUGACCCGUGAGCUCGAGAAGAAAUUCUCCGACCGCCACGUCGUCUUCGUUGCUCAGCGCCGCAUCCUGCCCCUCCCGGGACGCCGCAGCCGCGUCCAGCAGAAGCGUCCCCGCAACCGCACCUUGACCGCCGUUCACGACGCGAUCCUGGGCGACCUUGUGUACCCCACCGAGAUCGUCGGCAAGCGCGUUCGCACCAAGGAGGACGGCCACAAGGUGAUCAAGGUCUUCCUUGACGCCAAGGACCGUGCCGCCGUUGACUACAAGGUCGACACUUUCGGCGAGGUCUACCGCAAGCUCACUGGAAAGACUGUCGUCUUUGAGUUCCCUGCCGUCAGCGGUGAGGGUUACUAGAUGUUGAUGUUGAUAUAAACAAAAAAGUCAAUUUCUGUCUGGGGGCAUACACGUUCGACCGGAGUUUGAUAAUGGGAUUGGCGUUUUGGGGGCGUUCUGGUUCUAACACUCAUCGCUCCCCCGUCAUGACUUGAAGACCAUUUUGUGAAAAUCCAAUCGACAUGAAACCUGACACAAACUCCAUAAGAACGCCCCUCAUCCGUGAUCCAUUCGACCGUACUUUGCAACCCACUUCGCCCGCCACUGCCCCAAAGUACUCGUGCCUGCCACCCAAUCAUUCAUCAUCAUGGGUAACUGUUGCUCGACUCGAAAACGUGAACCUCAAGGCCUCCGCCUGGUGUGU